UAAGUUUAUAUACGAAUUAUAACCAACAACAGACUAAAAUAUGGGGGGAUGGAUCCAUCAAAAUGUUACGUUUUGGACUUUUGCCUUAAAAUCCUCCGAUCUUCGGGGCUCAUCUCCCAAAACUGAAAAUAUUUCCUCAUUUAAUAUUCAGCAGUUCUUAGAUUAUACAUUUAUAUUGCAGAGUGGUGCAGUGAAACGUUAGUAAAUGUAGGCACAUUAAAUACUUUAAAAGUGUAACAUAUAAAUAUAUACAUUUUAAAUUCGAUGACAUUUCAUUUGUAGGAGUUAUUGCUGCAAAAAUCAUUGACUCAUUGCAGUCAGCAGAGUUUCCUUGGAGAGAAAAUGUGCUUUUAUUUAACCUGAUUAUGUGCUUAAAAGGACUAAAUUCAGUGAAUAAAUUAAAUCAGUUUAUCUUGUAAAGUUGCAGGAAUUACAGUGUAAUUACCUAUUAUCUCCACUAGGUGGUGGAAACUGAUCAAAAUCACUUUAUUUGUCCUUCAGAUCAAAACAUUUAAUCUGAAAACAUUAAAACUCAGAUGUGAGUUUAUUCCAUUUCUAACUGAAUUCACCUCUAAAAUACAAAUUAGAUGGACAGAAGUUUUUUUUACAGUAAAUCACAAUAUUAAUCGACUGUGUAGUACAUCCACUCAGUAGUUGGUAGAGGCUCCUUUUGCAUUAAUUACUGCAUUGACAGGUUAUGGAAAACAUCAGAAUUCACCUUUAAGGGAUCAUAAAGUUUUCCUGAACUUGAACCCGGAGUCGGUUUGUCAGAACAAACAGCUGUUGGACUUUGGACGGCUGGUUUGAAGCCACAUGUGAGUUUUACUUCGAGGUUCAACAGGAAAAGCAGCUGCUCUGAACUUUCUGCUCACCUCUGAGAAAACCGAGGAAAAACUUCAGGAUGGCUGAGAGACGGGCGACGGCGAAGCCUGCAGCAGAACCGGACUUCUUGCAGUUUAACGACCUGGCCUGUGAGACGGUGGGAGGAAAGGUUAUUUUUGCCACAGAUGAAUGGUUUGCUCCGGCUAAAAACCUGCUGAAGCGAGAGCCUCCGCAGUUCAUCCCAUCUGCUUUCACAGAAUUUGGAAAGUGGAUGGACGGAUGGGAGACGAGGAGGAAGAGGAUCCCUGGUCACGACUGGUGCAUCAUUCAGCUGGGAGUGGCUGGUUUGAUUCAUGGACUUGAUGUCGACACGUCUUUCUUUACUGGGAACCACUCGCCUUACGUCUCCAUCCAAGCCACCUGCCUCGAUGAGCUGCCCCCGUUCACUCCCGGGGAAGAUCGGACCGGCAUGGCCGCCACUGGAGCUCAGAUCGCUGCUGUUGCCAAGCUGAGCUCAGAGGUUUGGCCAGAGCUGCUGGGCGAGUCGGCGCUGCAGCCUGGAUACGCAGACUGCUGUCACAACUACUUCAGGGUCAGCACCAAGAGGAGAGUCACGCACCUGCGCCUCAACAUGUAUCCAGAUGGAGGAAUAGCCAGACUCAAGGUGUUUGGUAUCGGCCAGAGGGAUUGGUCUUCCAUCCCGACCAACCAGGACGUCGACCUCAUAGCGCUGACCAAUGGGGGAGUCUGCCUCGGCUACAGCGACGCCCACUUUGGACAUCCGCGCAACAUGAUUGGACUUGGUCGAGGCGCCAACAUGGCGGACGGAUGGGAAACGGCCCGCAGAUCAGACCGGCCCAAAACUCUGAAGGCAGACCAGCGGGGAAUCCUCCAGGUGCCUGGCUGGGAGUGGGCCGUGUUUCGUCUCGGUCGUCCUGGGCUGAUCGGCAGCAUUGAGGUGGACACCAACCAUUUCAAAGGUAAUUUCCCAGACUCCUGUCGGAUCGAAGCGUGUCUUUUAACCCCUGAAGACGAGGCGCGGUGCAUCCAAACCAGAUGGAACUCUGGGAAAUGGGAAGUGCUUCUUCCACCUCAGAAGCUCCGUCCUCAUCACAGGCAUCAAUACAGCAAAGCAGAGCUGAUGCUGAAUGGACCCGUCAGCCAUGUUCGGCUCAUCAUCGCUCCUGAUGGAGGCGUCAGCCGCCUCCGUCUGUGGGGUCGGCCCAUGUUGGUCCCCGGAGCUCCAGCCAAUCAGAACAGACCGCCAUCCAAACUGUGAUCCGUCACCUCACUGACCUCACCAUGUGGGAGGUCUGAGGAUCUUAUUUGGAAGAAAUUGUGUUGAUGAUCUAAAUUUAAAAGUUUAGAAAGUGAAUGGUUCUAAUAUAACAAACCCACAGACAACUUUCCCAGGUUUCCCAGGUUUCCAGGGGAAAAGCAUGUGGUCGUCUCUCCAAGGUCCGUCUGUGUCCACAGAUAACGGUGUGGAGACAUCUGGACACAGACGACAGCCCUGCGUCUGUUGAAGUCAUUUUUAAACAGAAUCGCAGAAGUUGUUCUGUUUGGUUCUGAUGUUCUUCACUUUGAAUUUGUGAUUUUAUUAUUUCAAAGAGGAUCCGGUGCUGUGUCGACUUCCUGAAGGCCGAGUUUCAAGGUGUUAAAUUAUGACGACAAAUUUCCUUUAAAUCAUGUUUUAUAUGAA